AUGGUAGCCAAUUCAGACGCCGCGCCGGGCGGCAGCAGCGGCCACUGGAGCAGCGGCCACAGCAACGGCAUUCGCGCGCACGCCGCCUCCCCCUCCCCCUCCCGCACGCCCCUGGACGCCCUCGCGCCGGGCGACCCCGCCAGCGUGCCCAACAGCGGCCACCACAAUGACAGCAGCGGGCGCUACGGAGACCGCGGCGGAGCUCCCGCGGGCGGGGGCGGGGGCGGGGGGCACGCGCGGGGAGGCGGAGGGGGGUGGUCGUCGGACAUGGACAACGAGGGCGAGGCAGGAGGGAUGGCGAUGGCGUACGACAUGACCAUGCCCGACGACAAGCACGGGCUCACAUCGGGGCUCGCCUCGCCUCUCAUCCACAGCACGCGCUACGACGAUGAUCUCGAGAAGGGGGGGGUCGUCGGGGGCGCGAGUAUCAUGGCGGGGGGCGCGGGGGGGAGAGUGGGCGGAGCGGAGCCGGCGCAGGCGGCGGCAGGGGCGGGGCGCGGGGCGGCGGAGUUUGGGCGGCGGACAAACACGACCAAGGACGUGCGUGAGCACGUGAAGUCGGUGAUUCAGCAGAACGAGGGGCUCACGCAGCCCUUUGUGGUGCGCAACCUCACGCUCACGUACGCCCUCACCGUGGCCGUCGUCAUGCUGCUCUCCCUGGGCGGGCAGCUGGCGGUGCACUUCGCCAUCCAGAACAGCAAGAGCGACGCGUUAGUCGUCAACGUGGCGGGGCGGCAGCGCAUGCUGAGUCAGCUCAUCUCCAAGGACAGCCUCGAGAUCUACGUGCUGCGCACCGACAACCGCAGCGUGGCCUACUACGUGGGCGAGCUGAGCGAGCGCGCGGCGCUGUGGAACAAGUCGCACUACGGGCUGUGGCACGGCAGCCAGGAGCUCAACCUGCCCGGCACGGGUAACAGUGCCAUUGUGAAGAAGAUCGAGGAGCUGACGCCGGCGUUCCUGGCCAUGUUCUGGAGCGCACGGGGCAUCGUGGAUCUCAACCCUGACAACAUCACGUGCCCCUCCCCGUCCUGCGAGCAGCUGAAGAAGCAUGUGGACACGAUAAUGGAGAACGAGGCCUUCUUCUGGAAGACGCAGGAUGGCAUAGUGCUCAUGUACCAGGAGGAUGCAGACACGCACACCAACACCAUCCUCAUCCUCUCCUGGGUGCUCCACAUGCUCGUCAUCGUUACCCUCAUUCUCGAGGGUGUUUUCGUGUUCCGCCCUGUGCUGCGCCACAUGCAGUCGCUCAUCAAUGAGCGCUUCGCCCUCCUCCAGCGCAGCCUCGUGUCGGAGGCGGAGAACAGGGGGGUGUCGGUGCUCAUGAUGGGGUACAUCAGCCACGAGCUGCAGCACCCCCUCGCCUCACUCUCGCUGCACCUCCACCACGCCGCCGCCGCCAUCGCCCGCCUCGCCCUGCUGCACCCCAAGCCCCCCACCCCCUCCGCCGCCCUUUCCCCUGCCCUCCUCGCUCCUGACGGUGCCCUGGGCGGAAGCGGGUUCGACGGGGGAGGAACGGGGGUAGCGGAGGGGGGAGGGUGGGGGGGAGGAAGGGACAAGGAGGAGGAGGCGGGGGCGGGGGCGGCGGUGGCGGCGGCAGCGGAGGCGGUGGGGAAGGCGCGGGUGUGUGGCGAGCUGAUGAGCACGGUGGUGGGGGACGUGGCCAACCUGCGCAACAUCGAGCUCGGCCGCAUGAUGCUGGCCGUCGAGCUUGUUGACGUCCAAGACCUCGUGCAGCAGGUGAGGCUGUUGGGGGGUGCAGCAGGUGGGGGGUGCUCAGUGCUGAGUGUGGUGGCGCCGAGGGUGCCAGAGGGGGUGCAGCUGCGGGUAGACGUGGAUCCCAGCAUUGAGGCGCGCCAACUCGACAAGCACCGCCUGCAGCAGGUGCUGCUGAACCUGGUGGACAACGCCUUUCGCCGCACGAGUGAGGGUGUGGUGGUGGUGAGGGUGAAGGAGGGUGCAGCUGCCCACCUGCUGCGGGUGGAGGUGCAGGACUCGGGGGAGGGGCUGAGCGAGGAGGAGCGAGCGCGCAUGCUGGAGCCAGUCAUGGACUCCAGCGGCGUCACCGAGGGCGAGGGGGCUGGCCUCGCGCUCUACGUCGUCAAGCUGCUCGUGGACCUGCAGGGUGGCACGUUUGGCAUGGAGAGCGAGUCGGGCGGCGACAAUCUGCACUGGGUGGAGCUGCCAGCCGCCUCUGCUGGCCCUCUGCCACCAACUGGGGUGACCCACGACCGCCCUGCCAUCACGUAG